GCGUGUGGGGGAAAAAAAUAUAUAUUUUAAGCAAGUCGCAUAUUUGGCCCAAUAGCUCGGCUGCCCAUCGAAUCCAAUUCAUCUUUUAUCUCAUAUGAAUUUCUUGUGUUUCUUCUGAUCAGUUGAAGUACGAGCCUCAAAAUGGACAGCAUUGUAGAUUCUCUAAAUAGUGCAUACCAAGAGUUUGUUGUUGCAGCAGCUAAUGUGCUUGAAUCCAAGGAAACUUCUGGUGGUCAGAAAACAGCAGCCACAGAUGCUGCUCUUGAGAAUUUUAAGCAGAAGUGGGAACUUUUCAGAGUCACUUGUGAUCAAGCGGAGGAGUUUGUGGAGUCCGUGAAGCAAAGAAUUGGAUCAGAGUGCCUGGUGGAUGAGGCAACUGGUUUGGUGGCUGGGAAGACUGGGCAAACUGCAACUGGUCUGCCACCCAUUAGUGCGGUUCGGUUGGAACAGAUGAGUAAAGCAGUUCGAUGGCUGGUUAUAGAACUUCAACAUGGCUCUGGAACUGCUGCUGGUGCAGCACAUUCUCAUCCUUCAACUCCUUUUGAUAGUAGAUUCUCUGAAGAUUCAGCUCAAUAGGUAUGAAGGUGAUUUGAUUUCUUACUCUGUAUUGAGAGAAGAUGAUAGGAUUGAUUGGAUGCAUUUUUCCUACUAAAAUAUCGACCAUCUCUUCCAAAUGAUUUUGAAUGUAGUUUUAGGAUUUGCUACUUCCUUAUCCUUGUGCAGUUAGGUUGUACCGUAUUGCUUUAGCAAUAAACUUAGUACUUCAGGAAAGGUGGGGAAAACACAAGACUUGGUCGUUGAAAGUUAUGCAUCUCCGAUGGGCAUACAUUAGCUCACCUGUAUCAUCAUGAUGUUGUGUCCCGUUUUUCUCUGUAAACAUGUAGCAUGCAAUGAGUCUCUGAAGUAGGUGCCACACUUAUUAUUUUGUUGGUGGCUGCUGUAGAUCUAUAUCUAUAUGUACACAACCUGAAAAGUGUUAUUGCUAAAUGAAUCUGUUGUAUAUUUUGUAUUUCAAAUUCUAAAAUUCUUUCGUCAAAGACAAGUGUUGGGUGUUUGAUUUCGAACGGAAAGUCGAAUAUAUAUAUCUAGUGAUUUUGUUUGAGUCA